AGAGUGGGUUUUUCUACAGCUGAAGGUGGCCAUAUUUUCUGCCACCUGGGUUUUGCUUCAACCAGCUGUAUUUUAGUACGAAGCUAAAUUAUUUAGUAAGAUACCCUUUAUUUAAGGUUGAUUACAUCAUGCCUUAUUAUCAGACGUGGGAAGAGUUUGCGCGAGCGGCAGAAAAACUUUACCUUACGGAUCCAAUGAAGGUCAGAGUGGUUCUGAAAUAUCGACACUGUGAUGGAAAUCUCUGUCUGAAAGUCACAGAUGAUGCUGUGUGUCUGCAGUACAAAACCGACCAAGCCCAAGAUGUAAAGAAGAUCGAGAAACUGCAUGGGAAGCUGAUGAGAUUAAUGGUCUCCAAAGAGUCCCACAGUGGGGCCAUGGAGACGGACUGAACAAAUCUAAGGACCUGUUGGGAUUGGACAAUUGUUUGUUUCUCAGUCCUACUGGCAGUGAAGAGACAUGGAUCUGCAGGAGGAUGGAGAUGAAGUUUGGUUGAUGUUUGACUGUUUACUGAGAAUGUUCAAGAUUUUGCUCGUUUGGAGAGCAAGAAUUGAGAACAUCCUACAAGAGGCUGAUUUCUGUGUUCCUGUUUGGAAGUCGGACUAUGUCAUAAUGAUCAAACAGCUGUUUUCAUUUGGUCUGCCUAUUAUUUAACAUUUGGAAAUGGUAUGUUUUAACUGCGACAACAUCAAGAGAAUACAGUUUGAAGCAGGACCUUCUUAAUUUUAUAGAUUAGAAUAAAAUCCCAGUCCUGAAGUUUAUCUAUGCAUGAUGUACAAUGAACCUAAAUAAAAAAAAAAUUUCCUUCAUAUUUUAUUUUACUCUGCAAGCAUUACUGUGUACUAACAAAUAAUGAGUGUCUUUAAAGAUCAUUUGAAAAGCAAUUGUUAUCAAUAAUUCUGUUUAUUUCAAUAUUUGAUAAUACGCUUCUGUCUAAAAAAACUGUAUUUUUAUAAGAUGAGAGAACAGCUGUGAACUGAAGGGUGUCAGUUUUAUUAAAAUUAAAACUACUCCAAGUUCUCGAAA